AUGAAACUACCAGACAACAAGAAACUACCAGACCACAAGAAACUACCAGACCACAAGAAACUACCAGACCACAAGAAACUACCAGACAACAUGAAACUACCAGACAACAAGAAACUACCAGACCACAAGAAACUACCAGACCACAAGAAACUACCAGACCACAAGAAACUACCAGACCACAAGAAACUACCAGACCUCAAGAAACUACCAGACCGCAAGAAACUACCAGACCUCAAGAAACUACCAGACCACAAGAAACUACCAGACCACAAGAAACUACCAGACCACAAGAAACUACCAGACCUCAAGAAACUACCAGACCACAAGAAACUACCAGACCUCAAGAAACUACCAGACCACAAGAAACUACCAGACCACAAGAAACUACCUGACCACAAGAAACUACCAGACCACAAGAAAUUACCAGACCUCAAGAAACUACCAGACCACAAGAAACUACCAGACCACAAGAAACUACCAGACCACAAGAAACUACCAGACCACAAGAAACUACCAGACCUCAAGAAACUACCAGACCACAAGAAACUACCAGACCUCAAGAAACUACCAGACCACAAGAAACUACCAGACCACAAGAAACUACCUGACCACAAGAAACUACCAGACCACAAGAAACUACCAGACCUCAAGAAACUACCAGACCACAAGAAACUACCAGACCACAAGAAACUACCAGACCACAAGAAACUACCAGACCACAAGAAACUACCUGACCACAAGAAACUACCAGACCACAAGAAACUACCAGACCUCAAGAAACUACCAGACCACAAGAAACUACCAGACCACAAGAAACUACCAGACCACAAGAAACUACCAGACCACAAGAAACUACCAGACCACAAGAAACUACCAGACCACAAGAAACUACCAGACCACAAGAAACUACCAGACCACAAGAAACUACCAGACCACGAGAAACUACCAGACCACAAGAAACUACCAGACCACAAGAAACUACCAGACCACGAGAAACUACCAGACCACAAGAAACUACCAGACAAAAAUUAA